AUGAGUGUCUCAGCGGGUAUAGACAAGAAAAAGAGCUUGCAUUGGAUUGGAUUUUUAUGUUUUUCGUUCGGCCUCUGCGAGAAAGUGACAGUCAUUAAGCAGCGAUAUUUCAUUUAUCCAUAUCUAUCUAUCUAUCUCAGUCAGUCUUCUAUCUAUCUAUCUAUCUAUCUAUCUAUCUAUCUAUCUAUCUAUCUAUCUAUCUAUCUAUCUAUGCGUGUACACGCUUGUAACAGAUGGCUCCCGCAAUUGGCACAUUUUUUUCGGUCCACAAUGACACCAAAUGAAGUCUUUCAAGGUAGAGAAAGCGCGUCUUGCUUAUCUAUCUAUCUAUCUAUCUAUCUAUCUAUCUAUCUAUCUAUCUAUCUAUCUAUCUAUUAUCAUAUACCUGAAACAUUUGAUCAUAUACAUCAAUCAAGUGAGGAGAAAGUGAUCAACCGGUCACAAAUUUCAUUACUAACCAUUAAUAUGCUGGUUGGCAUUUCGACAAAUGAUCCGCAUUUCCUCGUUUCCUCGCCAGAUACCAUAUGUAAACUAAGUUGCUUAACCUUUACCAGAUUUACUGAGCUGCUGUGA